GAGAGGUAAAGUCACUGUGGCGUUCCAGCAGAGACUCUGCAGCAACACAUUCAACACAUUCCUCUGAGCCAGAUUUAUUCUGCCAGUUUAAUACUGGUUCAAAUGCAACGAGAACUGGAGUCCAAUCAGACACAGUCUGACUCCAGUUAGUACUAGUUAAACUCCAGUUAGUCAUAGUUUAACUCCAGGUAGAAACUGUUAGAAACGUCAGUUUAACUGGUGUCUGCAGAGAUGAAGUUGCUGCUUUUGUUGCUGCUGAUUGAGCAAACUGCAGCUCAGCAGAGAGGUCUGUUUCCGGCCAUCUUGAACCUGGCCAGUAACGCAGUGAUAAGCAGCAAUGCGACAUGUGGAGAUCCAGAACCUGAAGUUUACUGUAAACUGGUUGAACAUGUUCCAGGACGAAGAAUCAAGAAUCCACACUGUCCCAAAUGUGAUGCCAACUCAGUCUUGUCCAAAGAACGUCAUCCGAUCACAAACGCCAUCGAUGGGACAAAUCAGUGGUGGCAGAGUCCAAGUAUCAAGAAUGGACGACAGUUUCACUGGACCACCAUCACACUGGACCUCAAACAGAUUUUUCAGGUUGCCUACAUCAUCAUCAAGGCAGCUAACUCUCCUCGCCCAGGUAACUGGAUCCUGGAGCGCUCUCUGGAUGGUGUGACCUUUGACCCCUGGCAAUUUUACGCCAUCAGUGACUCUGAGUGUUUGACUCGUUACAACAUCACACCAAGACUCGGACCGCCGACCUACAAGAGUGACACUGAGGUCAUCUGUACGUCUUACUACUCCAGACUGAACCCACUGGAGCAUGGAGAGAUCCACACCUCUCUGAUUAACGGGCGACCUGGUGCCGACGAUUUGACCUCUGACCUCCUGAACUUCACCUCGGCUCGUUACAUCAGAUUGAGACUUCAGCGCAUCAGAACUCUGAAUGCCGACCUGAUGACACUGAGUGUCCGUGACCCUCGAGACAUUGACCCCAUUGUCACCCGGAGGUAUUAUUACUCCAUCAAAGACAUCUCUGUUGGCGGGAUGUGUAUCUGUUACGGACACGCUCAGAGCUGCCCACUGGACCCUGUUACCAAGAAGCUGCAGUGUGUGUGUGAACACAACACCUGUGGAGAGAGCUGUAAUGAGUGUUGCCCUGGUUACCACCAGCAGCCAUGGCAACCAGGAACUGUCUCAGAGGGAAACACAUGUGAAAAGUGUAACUGUCACAACAAAGCAGUCAACUGUUUCUACAAUCAAACCAUCUCUGAACUAUUUUUGAGUUUAAACUCUCACGGCGUUCGUCAGGGAGGUGGCGUUUGUAUCGACUGUCAACAAAACACAGCCGGCAUCAACUGUGAGACCUGCAGAGAUGGAUACUACAGACCUGCUGGAGUUUCUCCAUAUUCGGACUCCCCUUGUUUUGAGUGUAACUGUGAUCUGAGAGGAUCAAAGUCUUCAGUCUGCACCAGAGACAACACCCAGCCAGGUGUGUCUGCAGGUCAGUGUGUGUGUCAGGAAGGUUUUGCAGGUCAACAGUGUGAUCGUUGUGCAUUCGGAUACAGAGAUUUUCCUCAGUGUGUUCGCUGUGAGUGUAACCUGUGGGGCAGCAUCAACACCGACCCCUGCAGGUCCUGCACCUGCAAGGUGAACGUGAUGGGAGCUCACUGUGAUCUGUGUAAACCAGGUUUCUACAACCUGCAAGAGAAAAAUCCGCUCGGCUGCACCGACUGUUUUUGCUUCGGUGUAUCCAACGUCUGUGAGAGCUCCACCUGGUCUACAGCUCAGGUGUUUCAUACAGAUGCUUGGCUCCACCCCUUUCUGUCCCACCACACCCUCCCUGUAGUCCAUGGCAACGACCUCCCCAUUCCCAGCAACACCUCCUCUGGUCAAACCCAACAAGUGCUGUCGUGGGCAGCACCGACCAGUUUCCUCAGCAACAAGCUGGUGUCUUAUGGAGGUUACCUAAACUACUCAGUGGUAUAUGAUGUCCCAUUGGACAAUGAAGACCACUCUCUCCCCACCCACUCUGACAUCAUCAUUGAGGGUAAUGGCCAGGCUCUUCGUCUCUCACCACAUCUCCUCCUCUUCCUCUCUCCGCUGGCCGAGCGCUCAGUUGCCGUGGCAAUGGUCCCGCAGCAAUUCGUGGAUGAACAGACAGGUGUUCAAGUAACCCGUGACGACCUGCUGUCGGUCCUCGCUGAUAUAACAUCACUGAGGGUCAGAGUUCACCUGAACACCUCCGCUGACGGGCCAAUACGUCUCAGUUCAGUAUCUCUGGAUGUUGCUGACUCUGGAUCAGUUUCUGGGGUGCAGGCGGUUGCGGUGGAGACGUGUGAAUGUCCGUGGGGUUACAGUGGCACUUCUUGUGAGGCAUGUCUCCCAGGUUUCUACAGAGUGGGAGGAGUAUUGUUUGGAGGAAACUGUAUGAAGUGUGAGUGUAAUGAUCAUGCUACUGAGUGUGACAUCAACGGAGUUUGUUUGGGUUGUACCCACAACACAACAGGUCCUCAAUGUGAUCAGUGUCUCCCUGGUUUCUAUGGCGACUCCACUGAGGGGACAACAGACGACUGUCGGUUGUGUCCGUGUCCCCUGACAGAGCCGUCCAACAGUUUCAGUCCCACCUGCGUGUUGGAGGCACCUGGUCAGGUGUCAUGUGAUCAGUGUCAGGACGGAUACACAGGGAGGAACUGUGAGAGGUGUGCCAGUGGUUACUAUGGUAACCCACAGGUGGUGGGCGGGGUCUGUGUUCGCUGUGAGUGUAACGAUAACGUGGACAUCAGUGAACCUGGACACUGUGACACCAUCACUGGGGAGUGUUUGCGUUGCCUCGGCAACACGGCUGGGAGACACUGUGAGGUCUGUCAGCCUGGUUACUAUGGAGACGCCGUUCACGCCAAGGACUGUCUGGAGUGCGGCUGUGAUGUCAGUGGUGCCCUCUCCGGUGUGUGUCAUGUCACGACGGGUCAGUGUUUGUGUAGAGAAAACGUUACAGGACGCACCUGUGACCGCUGCCUGUCGGGGUUCUUCGGGCUGCAGAGUAGGCAGGGCUGCCAGGCCUGCAGCUGCAGCCAAUCUGGAUCUGUUUCUGAGUCAUGUGAUGAGGAGGGCCGGUGCCAGUGUGUGGAGGGUGUGAGCGGAGACAAGUGUGACCACUGUAGUCGUGGUUACUAUGGUUUCAAUGGCAAAGGCUGCACAGCAUGCACCUGCGAUCACACCUGGGGGAACUGCAACCCCAAGAAUGGAGAUUGCAUCUGCCCCGCCCACACAGAGGGAGAAACCUGCGACAGGUGUGAGACAGGUUACUGGGGUCACAACCCAGCCACAGGCUGCAAGGCGUGCAGCUGCAGCAUAGCAGGAAGCUCCGCCCCUCAGUGCGAUCUCAUCAAUGGGCAGUGUCGGUGCAGGGAGGGGUUCUCUGGCAGGUCAUGUGACCAGUGUGCACCUGGUUACCAUGGUUACCCAGCAUGCUCAGCAUGUGGUUGUGACACGGCGGGAACAGAAGAGAAGUUCUGCAACACAACGCUGGGAGUGUGUGAUUGUCGACACACCGGAGAGUGUGUGUGCAAGGUGGGUGUGUCGGGUCAACGUUGUGAGGAGUGUGUCUCUGGUUGGUUCGGUUUGUCAGCUGUGAAUCCAGACGGCUGCUCUCAGUGUUUCUGUUCAGGACUGAGCCACGACUGUGAGGAGCAGGGAGGACUCACCAGAGUAACAAUCACCCUGGCUCACUCUCCCGCUCUCUUGUUAUUGGUCAGUCAGUCAAACCUACAGGGUGUAGUAUCCGGAAUUUACCAGCAGGGUGGAGACAUGCUGCUCGACACCCGUCAGCUCAACACCAGCAGGCUGGUUGGCCCACUCUACUGGAGACUGCCACCCCAGUUUGAGGGCAACCAGCUGCUGUCAUAUGGCGGCCUGCUGUCUUACAUCAUCACCUUCUAUGCUGAGGACGGUUCGGGACUGUCCAAUCAGGAGCCUCAGGUUCUGAUGAGGGGUGGGACUCUAAGGAAGAUCGUUAUAUACACUGACAUGGUAGCCCCUAACAACAGCGUCAAGACUCAGCAUGACAUCAGAAUGACGGAGCACAAAUGGAAGUAUUUUAACUCAGUGUCGGAGAAGGCAGUGAGUCACGCUGACUUCAUGUCCAUCCUUAGUAACAUCCAAUACGUCAUCAUCAAGGCUUCAUACGGAACCAGACUGCAGCAGAGCAGGAUCUCUAACAUUACCAUGGAGACAGCGGUGGAGGCGGAGUUAGAGGAAGGGUCAGAGGUAGCCAGACUGAUCGAGUCCUGCAUCUGUCCACGUGGAUACACUGGACUGUCCUGUCAGGAGUGUGCAGCAGGUUAUUUCCGUCAGCCUCAGUCUGAAUUAUCGUCUCAGAGUCAGAAGUCAAUGUUUGUUCAUCCAUGUGUUCAAUGUCGCUGCAACAACCACAGCGAGAGCUGUGACACGGAGACUGGAGACUGUCAGAACUGUCAGCAUCACACCAGUGGACGGAGCUGUGAGUUGUGUGCCCCGGGGUAUUAUGGGAACGUCAGUGGCUCCAUUAGUGACUGUUCGCUGUGUGCCUGCCCCCUACGGGACAACAGUUUCAGUCCCACCUGUGUGCCGGAGGGAGCAUUUGGUGAUUUUCACUGCACUGCCUGUCAGACAGGAUACGAGGGAAGAUACUGUGAGAGGUGUUCGGUGGGUUACUAUGGUAAUCCCUCAUUGCCUAGCGGGAGGUGUUCACGGUGUAACUGCAGCGGAUGGGGCUCUCUCCACCCGCUGUGUGACGCAUUGACCGGACAAUGUGACUGUAAGGCCGGGGUGAAAGGUCGGUCAUGUGACCAGUGUGAUGAGAAACACGUCCUGCAGGGAGGAGAGUGUGUGUCGUGUGACGAUGAGUGCACUGGCAUUCUGCUGGACGACCUGGACAAACUACACAACCACUUCCUGUCUGUCAACCUGAGUGGCGUCUCCAUGGCACCAUACCGCCAGCUGGUGGUACUAGAAAACCAGACCAGAGACAUCCAGGUGGUGUUUUCACAGAACAGCUCUUUCGCUUUCCAUCUGUCCAGAGUGGAAGAUGAGUUAAAUCACAUAACCUCUGACCUCAGUGCUUUACUGCAGCAGGUCACACGCCUGUCUAAUGACCUGGAGGAAGUGGGCUUGUCAACCAACAACAGCCUCUCCCAGGGUAACCUGCUGCUGGGGAGUAUCAGCAGUCUUCAAGACAACAUUCAGGUGCUGCAGAGGGAGGUAGGGCAUCUGAACCGGACCACAGAGGAGGAGCUUGAAUCAGCUAAUCAGACGCAUUUGCUAGUGGGGUUGGAGCUCAUGUUGGAAACCAUGAGAGCUGUCAAUCUAACAGCAGCCAACACUGCAGCAAAUCAGGAGUUCAGCCUGUCAGAGUUUCUCGUCCACUCACUGCAGAAGGACUUCCUGCCUAGCAGGGUGGUGGUUGACAACAGGUUCCACCCCAUAUCCACCUCGCUCACUGUCGGAAUAGAAACACUGCAAAAAGCACACACGCACCUAAACGACGCUGCACAACGAAACACAAAAACACAGACCCUGCUGGACAGCACACACACUCUGCUGCACGAAUACCAGUCUGUCCAUCAGAACCUGAGUGUUGAGUGUCUCUCUGUGGAUGGACUGAUGGAGGAGGGUCAGCUGUUGCUGGACGACACCAUCAGCCUGACAGAAGAGUUAACAAACACCACUGCACAGGUUGAGGUGUUGGGUGGUCAAAUGGAUCAGUGGCGCCCCCUGUUGAGGAAACAGGUGGACGGUUUAGUUGUUGGACUGAAGAUGACAGACGCUCUGGAGAACGUUUACCGUGCAGAGAGCCACGCCCACCUGCUGCAGAGCCAUGCCCACUCCGUGCACAGCUCUCUGUCGUCGGUGUGUAACGUGUCUCAGAAUGGCAGCCGAUUGGUUCAUCUCGAUAGUGACAUCACAGAGCAAGUUGACUCUGCCCAGCAGGUGGCCUUGAUUGCCCAUGUCUCUGCCUCCGUCGCUCUCAACAUGACCAUCCAAUCAGAGCAGCCACUGUCAGGGGAAAGCAGAGCCAAACUGAACAUCAGCUCUGUUGUUUUACAAGAAAGUCGACGAAUCAACGAGACAGCUGAAGACUUGCAGCUGGAUGUAUCCAUGGUAACCAGCAGACUGGGAUCGGUCAGAGAGAGUGUCCGUAAUUCGAGCCUCCUCCUCCGUCAGCCAAUCAGAGAACUGCAGAGCCUCUCUAACGGUUCAUCCGUGUCAUUGCAGCAGGCUCAUCUUCAGGCUGCAGUAGCACACUCCAGCCUGCAGGAGGCGCUGCAGCAGCUGCAGAGACUCAGAACUCAGCUGCAGGAUUCUUCUUCUGUGGUGGAAAAGACCAGCAACACAGUUAGGGAGACCAACCAGCUGGUGACUCAGACACACACUGCAGCCAAUGAGGCGCAGCGUAAACUGGAGGAGGCGGAGCAUCGUACAGACCGUCUGAUGGAGCGGAUAAAGCCGCUGAGCUUGCUGGGAGAAACACUGAGCAGGAACCUGUCUGACAUUAGAGAGCUGAUCGACCAGGCCCGAAGACAGGCUGCAUCGAUAAAGGUGGCGGUGCAGGCGGACAGAGACUGUGUUCGAUACUACAGAUCACAGAUUGAGUCCAGUAACUUCAACACUUUGACUCUGAUCCUGAAGACGUCCAGUCCAGAUAACCUGCUCUUCUACCUGGGCAGCAACACCACGGUAGACUACCUGGCAGUAGACAUGCAUAAUGGGAAGGUGUCUCUGGUGUGGGAUGUGGGCUCAGGCAGCACCAGGCUGGAGUUUCCUGGACUAGACAUCACCAACAACAGGUGGACCAGAAUCAACGCUACACGGUUUGGGGCCCACGCUUCUCUGUUAGUCCAUCAGCUGGAGUCCGAGUCUGCUCCGUUGCCCGCGGUAACGGCAUCAUCACCAGGAUCAUCCCGAGUUUUAGACAUCGACAGAAACACAAUGAUCCACAUCGGAGGCCUGGGAGCUCAGACUCAGAGCCCUGCAGCGCUGAGGUCCUCCACCUUUCAGGGCUGUCUGGGUGAAGCAUCGCUCAACGAGAGAAACAUCGGACUGUGGAACUACGACAGCAGAGAGGGGGAGUGUGGAGGCUGCUUCAGCAGUCCCCAAGCGGAGGAGACUUCCUUCCACUUUGAUGGAUCAGGAUUCUCAUUGGUCCAGAAGUCUCUGCGUGCGACCUCCACCUCGAUCGUCCUGCUGUUUAAAACUCUGUCGCCGAGCGGAUUGCUGCUCUACCUGGCCUCCAACAACACUAGAGACUUCCUGUCCAUGGAGCUGGUGGAGGGGCGUGUCCGCCUGACCUUUGAUCUAGGUUCAGGUGCUCUGAUCCUGACCUCCAACAGGAAGUACAACACUGGGGUGUGGUACAAGAUCACCCUGCAGAGGAACAAACGCAAAGGUUACCUGUCCAUCAUGGCUGCUGAUCAAUCAUCAGAGAAGGAGGUGUUGGAAGCGGAGUCUCCUGGGAUGGCCUCCGACCUGAACCGCUCUGACCUCGACCCCAUCUACAUCGGAGGACUUCCUGCCUACAGACCAAUCAGACGACAGGUGGUGUCCAGGUCGUAUGUCGGCUGUAUAAAGAACGUGGAGAUCGCUCGGUCCAACUUCGACCUGCUGAGAGACGCAUAUGGAGUCAGGAAGGGCUGCAUACUCGAGGCGGUGCGGAGUGUGUCAGUGCUGGCCGGAGGCUUCGUUCAGAUCACUCCUCCUUCAUUCCGUCAGGAGGCAGAGCUUCUCUUCUCCUUCUCCUCCAACAACCAAUCAGGAGUCCUACUGGCUGCCUUCAGUGACGACCACUCACACAGACAGCAAUUCCUGUCUGUUCACUUGGUCUCAGGUGCAUUAGAGGCAGAGUUUGGUGAGGUGGCCGGAGCCACUCGGAGGGUGAUCGUGACGAAACCUGAUGGGGGGUCCUUCAGUGACGGAGAGAAACACUCUGUGAUUAUCACCAUCAACAGGAAGUCUCUGUUCCUGCUGGUGGACGAAGAUCACCUGAAGUCUGUUUCUAUGUUGCCGGGUGGAUUUUCUCGUUUUUCUCCAGCCUCCUUCUUCAUUGGUGGGCUGCCCUCAGGGGAGGAGUCCCGUCUACCAGUCAGACUACAGACUUUAUCCAGGUGGUUCAGAGGCUGCAUCCAACACCUGGUGGUCGGUGGAGCACUUAUCGACCUAUCGGGAGCUCUGAGGUAUGAGGGGGCGGAGCUUGACAGCUGCCUAUUGAAGGAGAGGGCUGGGGGGGCGGUGCUUCCUGAUGACCAGGAUGUAGAACCUACUCCUGACCCCGCCUACAUGCCUGUAGCCCCACCCACACAUCUGAGCGCCCUGACACCUGGAACACUAACGUGUGUGUCAGAGGUGGAGCCAAGUUUCCUGCCAUCAGCGGCUCAGUUUGGUUCAUCCAAACACAGUCACAUGACCUUCAUCAUCAACCCCAAUACUGUCAGGAAGAGUGUCUCAGUGAGGUUGUCGGUUCGAAGCCGCGCUCUGGAUGGGUUGAUUCUCCUCCUCUCUGACUCCAAACAUAUGGACUUCAUCGUCCUGAGACUGACGGGGGGGAGAAUGAUGGUGUCAGCCGACCUAGGGAAAGGCCCUGCCUCCAUCACCUCAUCUGUCGCCAUUAACGACGGAGACUGGCACGCUGUUACUGCCGAGGUCAGCCGGCGGUUGGUGUCAGUCUCGGUCGAUGGUUCGAGUCCAGAUUCUGUGACAGUUAAAGGAAACCAGCUGGACGUGGACAACAGACUUUACCUGGGAGGACUACCACACACACAUACCACCAGACGGAUCAAUGUGAGCACCAGCUUUCAAGGCUGUGUUCGCUCUGUCAGUCUGAAUGGAGCUACGUUGGAUCUGACCAAGCCAGCCUUGCAGCAUGAUGUCACUUCCUGUUUCACCAAAGACCAGACAGGAAGUUACUUUAACGGCAGCGGCUAUGCCAUCCUCAUGCAUGAUGGGUAUAAAGUUGGCUCAGACGUGUCGGUGACUUUGGAGUUUCGAACGAGUCAAUCAGAGGGGGUGUUUUUAGGAAUCAGCAGUGCGAAGGUUGACGCCAUUGGACUAGAGUUGAUCAAUGGACAGGUGGUGUUUAACGUGAAUAACGGGGCUGGUCGAGUGUCAGUGCGUUCAAUUGGUCAGGUGUUGUGUGAUGGACAGUGGCACCGCCUGCUGGCCAGAAAAACCAAACACAGCCUGAGUCUGAGUGUAGAUGGGCGGAGUUACACCACCCCCAACCCCUACCCACAAUCCACCUCUGCUGAGACCAACAACCCUGUCUACCUGGGAGGUUAUCCAGUGGGUGUUAAACAGAACUGCCUGUCGAUCAGUUCCAGGUUCAGAGGUUGUUUGAGGAACCUGCAGCUCGUUAAGUCGCACCUGAGCAAUACUCUCAACCUGAGCUCCGCCCACUUCCUGUUGGGUGUCACACCUAACUCGUGUCCUGUUGCCUAGCAAUGCCCAGCUGGGCUUUGAUUGGUCCACUAACAGUCUGAUCGGACAGAUGAAUUGAUUUGACUAUUGUAGAGAUGAUUGUGGUCUGAAAAGUUUUAGAUACCUUCCUGUCUGUUAGCAGCUGAUUAUUUUUACAUUUCCAAUGUCUGUGUUUUUUUAUGCUCCCUGUAACUUUGAUGUAAUUCUCUCUACAUGAAUCAUUAAAGAUUAUCUGAAAAUUA